AUGGUGGUGUCCUCCAUUUUUGGGUUCAACUCAACAACAGAAAAUGGAGACAUGAAGUGCAAAGAGAGGGAGAGACACGCACUCCUCACAUUCAAACAAAGUGUUCAAGACAAAUAUGGCAUGUUGUCCACGUGGAAGGAAGGUCCAAAUGAAGACUGCUGCACAUGGAAUGGAGUUCAUUGCAACACCCAAACAGGUUAUGUUCAAACGCUUGAUCUGCAUGGAUCUGAUACGAAAUAUUUGAGUGGUGAAAUCAAUCCUUCAAUAGCUAUGCUUCAAUAUCUAAAAUAUCUGGACCUUAGUUUUUUGAAUAAUAGUGGUCAAAUCCCAAAAUUUAUUUGCUCCUUUAGCAAAUUACGAUACCUCAAUCUCUCAUAUAGCUUUUAUAAUGGCGAGAUUCCUUCUCACCUUGGAAGUCUCGCACAAUUGCAACACCUUGAUCUAAGUGACAAUGAACUCAGUGGAGCAAUUCCUUUCCAACUUGGGAAUCUCACACAAUUGCAACACCUUGAUCUCAGCAACAACAAACUCAGUGGGGCAAUUCCUGUUCAGCUUGGGAAUCUCACACUUUUGCAACACCUUGAUCUCAGCUCCAAUAAACUCAGUGGAGCAAUUCGUGUUCAACUUGGAAAUCUCACACAAUUGCAACACCUUGAUCUCAGCUACAAUAAACUCAGUGGAGCAAUUCCUGUUCAACUUGGAAAUCUUUCAUUGUUGCAGUCUCUUAGACUCUGUUACAAUUCUGAUCUUAGAAUCAACGGCCAAACUCAAGGUAAUGUUGAGUGGCUAUCCAACCUCUCUUUUUUGAGAAAUCUUGACUUGACUGGAGUUCAAAAUCUCAACAAUUCUGCUCAUCACACUUUGUUAUCCAUAGGGAAGCUUCCAAUUCUAGAAGAGUUGUAUCUAAGUGAAUGUGGCCUUUCUGACUCCAAUAUCCCUUUGUUAUCUGAUUCCCAUUUGAAUUUUUCCACUUCUCUUACUCACCUUGAACUAGAUUCGAAUCAGUUAACAUCAUCAUCGAUGAUAUUCCACUGGGUGUUUAACUACACCUCCAAUCUUCAAGUCCUCUAUCUGAAUAAUAACUUACUAAAAGGUAUCAUUCCUGAUGAUUUUGGCACUAUAAUGCACUCACUUGAGACACUCUAUCUAGAUUACAAUAGUCUAGAGGGCAAGAUCCCUAAAUCCAUUGGGUAUAUACGGACCCUGAAGGAUUUUAGAGUUGAUAAUAAUCACUUGAGUGGAGAGCUUUCAGAUUUUAUCAUCCAUCAUAACUAUUCCAACUCUAUUGGAAAUGUAUCCUCUUUACAAGUAUUGUCAUUAUCGGAUAAUCAUAUUUCCGGCAUGUUACCUGACCUUUCAGUCCUCUCAUCUUUAAUACGGUUGAAUCUUGACAACAAUAAAUUAAUUGGAGAAAUACCCAUGAGCGUCGGAUCGCUUACGGAGUUAGAGGGUUUGUUCCUGAGGGAUAACUCUUUUGAAGGUAUACUCUCUGAAUCUCAUUUCACAAACCUCUCCAAAUUGAAUAACCUAGAUUUGUCUCAUAACUCGUUCACUAUGAAGGUUAGUGAUCAAUGUUAG